AUGCCGGAUGAGAAGACUAACGUGAUCACCUUGAACGGGACAGAGGUAGGCACUCUCGCAACGCUGAACUCCAAGAGCUUCACAUCGAUUUCGAACGCUGCCCAACUUCUUCCAGCAAGUUUCGGAGCGAAAUGCGUCAGUGCAUUUUUCACCUUCAUUGCCAAAAUGGCGCCGCGCAAGAUGAACAAUCUGCUAGCAGGCUACGUCACAGCUGCUGACGUGGGAAUAACGACAUGGGCCGGUUACAAUGCGAGGUGGAAGUUUUUGGUUGUAACACCUGAGUUCGACGACAGCUCCACAGAGCCAUUCCAAAAUGGGCUUCUGGUCCCUCCCCCAAUCAGCGAUCAAGCUGUCUCUUUCCUUCGGAAUCAGACGAGCAUCACCACAGGGGACGGAUCUGCUUUGUCCGACUCUCAAUUUAUGAGAGGGUUGGUGGGCUUCUUGGUGGCAAGGACCCACUACAUCCGACGUAUGGGGCUAGAUGCUCUAACUUCAAAGCGGGAGCUGAUGAAAUCGUGCUUCCAGCUGGGAGCGGACUCAACUGCUCCAGCUGGGCACUAUACGGAGUCCUUAGCUGUAGUUUGUGCACUCACAAGCACGGCAGUCUCCAAACUCGGACCGGAGCAAGACGGCCUUCGCAAGUGGCUGCAUUAUCACUGUGCUUGGAUUAAUGCUGCGGUCAUUGCAGGUUUGGCAUCUUCUUCCGAAACGGACUUGGCUGCUAUGCAAGAGAGUUGCAAAAAGAAUGAGGACACAUUGCUGGAGGUAUCUCGGAUGAUGGGUCUUUCGACGAAGGCUCUCAUCUUCGACAAGAUCGAUCGGAUCUUGGAUCUCAUGUCGAAAGAAAGUUUGGAAGAUUGCGAGCUGAGAGACAUUGCUGAUCGGGCGGUGAGAUUCAGAAAGGUUGCAGGCCUGUCCCGCGACUCGGCGCAAUCGCAGCUUCGAUUGCCGUGGCUGGCCAGAACUUGUUCCACAGUGGCCGAUGUAUCCGACAACUACUUGUACUUCAUCGAUGCUGCAGAGUACAACGCUAAUUACGGUGAAUUUUGCGCCCAGAAAGCAGGGGGUGACGUGACAAUCACCUCCAUGGACGUCUUGGGAGGUGCAUCCGCGCGGAUGCGGCUGCGGUUGCAUCCAGUUCAUCGCCAAGAGGAAUCAGAGGUCUUGCAAAAUUGCGCGAGUCGUCACGUGCAAGAUCUCGAGAGAUGUUUGGCCAGACUAGCUCGACAGAAGCUUGAGGCCGACGCUGCAGAGGAGGAGAUACAGAUUUCCGGUACCAGCAUCUUGCUCUUGCAGAAGGGGCAGCUGGUGCUUCGGAUCCCCUUGCUCCUCGCGGACGUCGCGUAUCGAGCUUUUGAAACCCACCACGGGCGCUCGAGUUUCCUAUUGGGCGUCCUUCCUCGAUCCCGUUCUCCUGAAGGGUAUGGCAACGCCUGGAUCUUCCUGGUGGGCCCUUGCUCCGAUACGGAGUUCCAUCACCACCUGUGGCAGCUGGGCCGCCAUGGCGUUUUGCGCCGAGACGUGGACCAAGCCCUAUCGGUCUCCGAGAAGGUCUUGGGUGCCGGUGGCUGUGGCAAGGUCUUCCUCGCCAAGUGCCGGAACGCAACUAGUGCGUCCCCGGAGGGCGAAACUGCAAGUGCAGUCAAAGAGCUUUUGCCCAAGGGCAAGUCAUUAGAGUGUACCGUGAGGACGGAGAUCGAGUAUUUGGCGGCAGCUCAAGGGCAUCCCAACGUUGCGGUCUUGCAGGGCGUGUUUCAUCAACUUUCCGAUCAGAUGGAUCGUAUUUUCCAGGUUCCAGGUGCCUUUGAGGCCGAAGAUGAG